AUGUUCUUCCUGGGCGAGAAGGCAAAUCCCCUAAACGAGGAGCCCCUGCCUCGGGGCAAGCGCCACUGGCUCGGCGUGGUGGGCGCGUACACCUGCCCGUCGUUCAUCACCGUCUUCUCAGCGGGUCGUAGCGCCGUAACGAACCAGAUGAUCACGGUGGCCGGCUAUCGCUACUACGAAUGGGGAAUGUGUCGAGAAUGCGAUGCUGCUCGUCCCCUUCGCUCGGACCACUGUCAAUUCUGUGGUGGGUGCUGUCUGAUGCGGGACCAUCAUUGUGUCGUAAUCGGUUGCUGCAUCGGGCUUGGGACUACGCGCUACUUCAUCUGGAUGCUGUGGCAUCUCUUUGAGAUUUGCCUCGCCGCCACGGUCGUGGUCUUCGCAUUUCAUUGGGAACAGAUUUACGGGUGGCUUGUCUGGCCGAGCUUCUCGUGGCUGCGAAACCCGUUGUCCGAUUGCCAGGGCGCGUACACGGACUGUGUCCUGGACUAUUUGAACGGGAUCGUGCCGACCGUCUACUAUUUUGGCAUCGUGCUGGCGUUCGCCAUCGUCGGCGUGUGCGGCUCCAUCUCGUUGCUGGGCAUGCAGAUGUACCAAAUGCUCGUCGGUUGCCUCCUCCUCGAGCACACCUGGUCCAAAAAUGUCAUCAAGACGGAGAGGCGUGGAACGACUUUUGCCCAGCGCUUCCGCUUCGUGAUGGGCUCUAAAUGGUGGCUGAACUUUCUGUUCCCCUGCAUCUGGACCGAGAUCGAGUGGACCGACAGCUUCAAGAACUCCAUCCUGCUCUCCCCGUUGCUCGAGCCGCCUGAGAAGAAAGAAGAA